CCAUCAUCCUUCUUUUUGCCAAGUCUGCUCCAGCAAACACGACGAGAGAGGGCAUGUGAGCGUCUUGACACUGCUCCUUGGUUUGCUUUCGCUGGCUUUUGACACUGCAACGUGUGAUGGCUACCCGGCGCGCCCGGCUCUUUAAGAUCCGUCCCGCUUUGCUUCCGGGCCAUUAUUAGUACCAAGUAGGUAGUUAUCCACAAGAUCUGACAUGCGCGCCCUUCGCGACUGGGGAUAACCCCGCCAUUCGUUGGAGUCGCGGGGCAAACUGUUUACCCACUCGCGUGCGACCUCCGCGGGGCCGACGAAAAGGGGUCCGGCCUCGGGAUGAUGAAGAUAAAGACCGAGACCUCGAGACAAAACAUUAUCCGUGGAAUAUACACCUCAAGGUCGGUCACGAGCCUCAGCUCCAAUACACAAUUAUACAAUCAUGGCCUCCAACGGCCCCACUGUCCGGCAAGCCUGCCGCGAAGACGUCCCCGCGAUCCUCGAACUGGUCCGCGAGCUUGCCGACUAUGAGCACGAGCUAGACAGCGUCGAGGCGACCGAAGCCAAACUCCUCGAGACCAUCGCAUUCGCGCCCUCGGACCCGUGUUCCACAGCCAGCAGCACCAACGACAGCACUCUUCCCCAAACCGAGCCCACAUCCCCCUCCAAACCAGCACGUUGUUUGGUGCUCACCACGCCCACGGGCACCGUCGCCGGCAUGGCCUUGUACUUCUACAACUACAGCACGUGGCGCGCGCGGCCGGGCAUCUACCUCGAGGACCUAUACGUCAAGCAGAGUGAGCGCAAGAACGGUUACGGCAAGCGGCUGCUGGUGGAGCUAGCCAAGGAGGUCGUGGCCAUGCAGGGCGGCCGGCUCGAGUGGGUGGUGUUGAAGUGGAACGAGCCGUCUAUCCAGUUCUAUGAGAGCAUCGGCGCCAAGAUGAUGAGCGAGUGGGUGGGCAUGCGGGUGGACGGGGAGGCCCUGAAGAAGCUGGCAACCAUGCUGGACUAA